AUGGCCAAUGCGAUGAUGGUGGGGGUUCCUCCAGUUUACGGUCUGUACUCGUCUCUGUAUCCUCUCAUCAUCUACUUUAUCUUUGGUACUUCCAGACAUCUCUCCAUUGGUACAUUUGCGGUCCUGUCCAUCAUGGUUGGUUCUGUCACUGCAGAGGUGGAACAGAGUGCGGCUGGAACAGAGGCCGACGUGGAGGCAGCCAAAGUGAACGUGGCCAUACAGGUCACCUUUAUCUGUGGACUCAUUCAGUUGGCGCUGCUGUUGCUGGUGGGAGGAGGGGUGGCGCGCUGGCUCUCGGUCUCUGUGAUCCGAGCGUACGUGGCGGCAGCUGGGGCCCAUGUCAUCAUUCUGCAGCUGCCUCUGAUGAUGGGCAUCCAGACCCAGAAAUACUCCGGAGUCCUGCCUUCCAUAUGGACUCUUCGGGACGUGCUGUGUGGGGCCUCCUCCUCUCUGCCUGCUGCUCUGGGCUUGUCUUGUGUCUCUAUUGUGGUUAUGAUCGGAGGAAAACUACUCAACGACAGAUUCAAACACAAACUCCCUGUGGCCGUGCCCUGGGAGCUCAUCACGAUCAUUCUGAGCACCCUCGUGUCCGUGCAGAUGGACCUGUCCGGGUCGUACCAUGUGCAGGUGGUGGGACACAUUCCGAGUGGCCUCUCUCUCCCCCGCCUCCCCGCUCUCCCCUCUCUCUCCUCCCUCUCUUCUCUCCUCCUCCCCAGCCUCUCCACUGCUCUGGUCGGGUUCAGCUUCCUCUCUGCAAUGGGGACCGUCUUUGCCCAAAAACAUGGAUACAAAGUGAACCACAACCAGGAGCUGUUGGCGUUGGGUUUGUGUAACUCAGUGGGAUCCAUGUUCCAGUGUUUUACCGUCAGCUGCUCUUUCUCCAGGAGCAACGUGCAGGACAACAUCGGGGUCAAAACUCAGAUGGCUGGUUUGGUGUCGGCUUUGAUGAUUUUACUGAUUCUGCUGAAGAUCGGACAUCUAUUUGAACAACUGCCAAAGUGUGUGUUGGCUGCGGUGAUUGUGGUGAACCUUUAUAAAACUGUGACUCAGCUCAGAGACCUGUGUGAGCUCUGGAGGACCGACAAGACGGACCUGUGUGUUUGGCUGGCCUCUUUCUUCUCCACUCUGGUCUUUAACCUGGACCUGGGCCUGGCUCUGUCUGUGCUCAUCUCUGUGCUGUCUCUGCUCUACAGGACUCAGCGCUUGUCAGCUGCUCCUGUCAUUCUGGGUCAGAUAACAGACACGGGCCUUUAUAGAGAUCCGAGAGUGUUUUCACAGGCCAAACCAGUCGAAGGAGUGACUGUUCUGUCCUGUUCUGGUCCACUUUACUUCGCCAACACUGACUUGGUUUUCAGCUCCAUCAGAGAAACAGUAAAGACUAUGGUUCCGUUGGAGGGCCAGUUCUCCCCUCUCUCCUCGUCUUCUUCCUCCCAAACGCGAUGCUUAGUCCUGGAUUUCGGCUUGGUCCAGUUCGUCGAUUCUAUGGCCACGAAAACCCUCACCAAGUGUUUUGAUGCUUUGACCAAAAAGAUCAAAUAG